AUGUCGACGCAAAAGUACGAAGCCGUUGUUGACGAUGAUGAUGACCAGCAGCGGCGGUUCUCCGUCUCGGAGGAGGAGGACGACGAUGAUGAAGCAGCCUCGACGCGCCGCACGAGGACUUCAGAAGACCUGAGAAGGCACGAUGAUGAGACUAUUGGUGCUGAAGAGGAGGCGGAAAGGUUAUUGGCUGGGGAAGAGAAGGGCGAGGGCGCUGGGGGUUUUCGAGGCCGGCGGGAGCGAGAUACAAGACCACCGCGCUCAUGGCGGAAAGAGAGAUGGAGAGAUGACGGCGAUGGAGGCAGAGGAGGUGGAGGAGGAGGAGGAGAAAGGGGGGAACUGAUGUACAAGGUCGAAGAAGGGAGUAGAUCUGGCCGGUCCAGCGUCGAGAGUAGUCCCAACUCGAGCGAGGUGGACAUGGGCAGAGUGCAGGCCAAAAGGCAGAAGAGGAAAGCUUCCAUCUUCUGUGGGAGACUUGCGGCGAUACACGUCGUGAUCAUUGUGGCCUUUCUGGCGCUGCUGUUUGGCGCAUACAGCGCCUCGCGCUCUCUGAAGCCAGCAACGGCCGCCAAAUCUGCGAUUUCGCCGCAGGUACUCUCCAAUGGAACGCACAGAUUUGCGCCUACUACGAUUCUGAUCUCUCUGGAUGGGUUCCGGGCGGAUUUCCUUCAUCGGGGAUUGACGCCUACGCUGUCCUCCUUUGUCAAGCAGGGUGUAUCACCUAGGUACAUGCUGCCGUCGUUUCCCUCUUUAACCUUCCCUAAUCACUUCACGCUCGUCACGGGCUUGCAUCCACAGGAUCACGGUGUCGUGGCAAACACCUUCUGGGAUCCCACCAUGCAGAAGGAAUUCGACCGGAGUAUGGAUCCUGCCUUCUGGAGCGCCGAGCCAUUAUGGGAGACGGCAGAACUGCAAGGUAUCCGAACAGCCAUUCAUAUGUGGCCCGGGAGCGAGGCGCAUAUUGGAACGAAAGAACCGGCUUAUGUCGACAAAUUCAACAUGGACGAGCCGCUUGAUCGCAAAGUCGAUCGCAUCCUCGGCUGGCUGGAUCUGCCAGGACCGAACGAGACAGAUGCUUCAACGGAAUCGCCGCGACCGCAAUUGAUAGCGGCAUAUGUUCCCAAUGUUGAUACAGACGGACAUGCCUUCGGUCCGAAUUCGACUUACAUUCGAUCGACUAUCUCAGAAGCCGAUGGGAUGCUCGGGUCGCUCUUCAGGGGCCUCGAGGACCGGAAUCUGACGAAUGUGGUGAAUGUGGUGGUUGUGUCUGAUCACGGCAUGGCUACUACGUCGAAUGACCGCUUGAUUCAAUAUGAGGACUUGAUCGAUACUAGUCUCAUUGAACAUAUCGAUGGCUGGCCACUAUAUGGCUUGCGGCCGGUCGAUCAGGUUGAGAAGCAGUUGCAGAACAUCUACCAGCAACUACUCAAGAAGGCCGAACUGCCCCAGCAUUCGGGAAAGUUUGACGUAUAUCUCCGAGACCAGAACAUGCCGGAGCGAUAUCACUUCAGCCACAGUGAUCGCAUUGCACCGUUGUGGAUUGUCCCGAAAGCCGGCUGGGCGAUUGUCGCCAAGGAAGAGUUCGACAUUGCAGCGGCUACAGCUCGAGGUGAUAUCUACAGCCCUCGAGGACUCCAUGGCUACGAUCACGAACAUCCCCUCAUGCGGGCCAUCUUCGUCGCCAGAGGUCCUGCCUUCCCCCACCCUCCGGGUAGCAUCGUUGAGCCUUUCCAGAACACGGAAGUCUACAACAUCGUCUGCGACUCACUGGGACUUGAUCCGAAGCCAAACAACGGCACUAUUCGGCUGCCGUUCAACACCAGUGCUCUGCACGACCCCGACGCUGAAGUCGAAAUUCCUGACGACCCGCCUCCCAUUGAUACUUCAGUGCCGGUCAUUGGGCCGGGAUCGGAUAGCUCCAAACAGCUUCCUGAAGGAUCGCAGAUUCUCCCGCCCAGUCUACCUGGUGUCGAGAAGCUCCCACCAGCUCCUGAACAGCCCGAAACACCUGCAUCGCCUGAGACAGAGCCUGAGAAGCCAGCCGCCGGGGAGGACGACGUGCCGGACCAGAAACAGAACAGUUCGAUGAAAUCCUGGGCGGAAUGGAUCAAUGCCAAGCUCCAGAAUGUCAAAGUCUGGGCGACUGGGCUCUUUGGCGGGAGCAAGGAUGAUACUACUCCGUCAGCGGAAGGCACAGGACGUGGAGACGAUUCGUGA